GUGUCGUCAGGCAAAAUACAAGACAGCAGUAGGAGCAGAGAUCUGCAACAGAUAAACACACAGACUAACACACCAGCUCAAUUGCUCGCAGACACACACACUCUACAAGCACUGCGAGACAGGCGCGGCAGAACGGGGGGGGAUUGUGGCUCAGAUUUCUCGAGUAUCUUAUGUUCAUGGGCUUAUUGUCAUCCAUCUUUUCUGUGGAAAACAGCCUCUGACAGAGUGCGGGGCAGGUGUGCCCUUUAAGAGCGGGAGCAGCUGAGGCAAGGACAGCAUCCUAGGCUCCAUCCUCUGUGGAGGUUUUUCCGGAUCUAACGUGUGGAGAAAAGACGGCCGGUCAGUCAAAGCUGUCUGGUUCUCUGUUCUCCUGCCUCCCUCGUGGAAAUAAGCUGCAAUGGUUGGCAGUAUUCAAAGGCCUAAAGCUGUGUGAGAGAGCUCUAUGAACAGCAGACCCAAUGGACAUCAAAGGCCAGUGUUGGACAGACGAGGAGUCGGAUGGGGAAAACGAAUCGGAACAGUUCUUGUACGGCAUUCAGUGUUGCUUGUUACAGGGGAGCUGUGCUGCUGAUCUGUACCGCCACCCUCAACUGGAUGCAGAUAUUGAGGCAGUAAAAGACAUCUACACUGACAGUGCUGUCUCUGUUAGGGAGUAUGGAACCAUUGAUGAUGUGGACAUCGAUCUUCAUAUUAACAUCGGUUUCUUAGACGAGGAGGUUGCAACAGCUUGGAAAGUUAUCAGAACAGAGCCCAUUAUUCUGAGACUGCGCUUUUCUCUUUCUCAGUACCUCGAUGGACCUGAGCCGUCAGUAGAAGUGUUCCAGCCCUCUAAUAAAGAAGGCUUCAGCCUUGGCCUGCAGCUCAAAAAGAUCCUGAGCUCGUUCACCUCACAGCAGUGGAAGCACCUCAGUAAUGAGUUCCUCAAGGCCCAGCAGGAGAAGAGGCACAGCUGGUUCAAAGCCGGAGGAACCAUCAAGAAGUUCCGUGCCGGGCUCAGCAUCUUCUCCCCCAUACCCAAGUCUCCAAGUUUUCCUCUGAUCCAAGAUACAGUGUUAAAGGGGAAGCUUAGUGUCCCGGAGCUGAGAGUGACCCGCCUGAUGAACCGCUCUAUCUCGUGUACCAUGAAGAACCCGAAAGGGGAGCUCUUCAGCUAUCCACCCAACAGCCAGACUGUGGCUGUCCCGGCGGCCAGGGCCCCAGCGCAGAUUACCACGAGGCAGCUGAUUGAAUUGUUUUUCUCAUCCCAGGCGGGCGGCCACUGCAAGAACAUCCCUACCUUGGAGUACGGCUUCUUAGUGCAGAUAAUGAAGUACUCAGAGCAGAGGAUUCCAACGCUCAACGAGUACUGCGUGGUGUGCGAUGAGCAGCACGUCUUUCAGAACGGAUCCAUGCUGAAGCCCGCUGUGUGCACCAGGGAGCUCUGUGUGUUUUCCUUCUACACUCUUGGUGUGAUGUCUGGAGCUGCAGAGGAGGUGGCCACUGGAGCAGAGGUGGUGGACCUACUUGUGGCUAUGUGUCGAGCUGCUCUCGAGUCUCCCCGUAAGAGCAUCAUCUUUGAGCCCUACCCUUCAGUCGUUGACCCCAACGACCCCAAGACUCUGGCCUUCAACCCAAAGAAGAAGAAUUAUGAAAGACUGCAGAAAGCAUUGGACAGCGUCAUGUCCAUUCGGGAAAUGACCCAGGGCUCAUAUCUAGAGAUCAAGAAACAGAUGGACAAACUUGACCCGUUGGCCCAUCCACUGCUGCAGUGGAUUAUUUCCAGUAACAGAUCUCAUAUCGUCAAGCUGCCUCUGAGUAGGCAACUGAAAUUCAUGCACACCUCCCACCAGUUCCUGCUGCUCAGCAGCCCCCCUGCCAAGGAGGCUCGUUUUCGCACUGCCAAGAAGCUCUACGGCAGCACCUUCGCCUUCCAUGGUUCCCAUAUAGAGAACUGGCACUCUGUUCUGAGAAAUGGACUAGUCAAUGCCUCUUAUACCAAACUGCAGCUGCAUGGGGCAGCGUAUGGAAAGGGCAUCUAUCUGAGCCCCAUCUCCAGCAUAUCUUUUGGAUACUCAGGAAUGGGGAAAGGACAGCACCGUAUGCCCACCAAAGAUGAACUGGUGCAGCGCUACAACCGCAUGAAUACCAUACCACAGAGCCGCCCAAUACAGUCAAGGUUUCUCCAAAGUAGGAAUCUGAACUGCAUCGCUCUGUGUGAAGUGAUCACAUCGAAGGAUCUGCAGAAACACGGCAACAUUUGGGUGUGUCCAGUUUCCGACCACGUCUGUACUCGCUUCUUUUUUGUGUAUGAAGACGGCCAAGUAGGAGAUGCCAACAUCAACACCCAGGAGCCUAAGGUGCAGAAGGAGAUCAUGCGUGUGAUUGGGACCCAGAUCUACUCCAGCUAAUGGAGGUUUUUUCCAACAGUCUCUCUGGCGGAGGCACACAGGCGGGCAGGCAGUGAAUGUUUGGACGAGCUGACCUCAUGCCUGUUACUGACGGCUGAGGGAGCUCUCGAGCACAUACUUUCUAGAGUCCUUUUGUUCUGCUCUGCUCAUUUUCCUCUCUUUCCUUUAUUCAUUUUCUCCGAGUGUUACAUGUUCAUGUUACAUGUUCAUUCCCACCAUACGAAGGUUCAAGCCAGUUAAAGUCCAUUUUCUCAGUUUAAUUCAGAACUGGGUAAACUUGGCUUUUUCCUUUUUCGCUGCACCCUAACUGAUCUUUUGUACUAAUUAUCUCUAUUUAUCAUUUCUCUUUGUGAAUAUCUUCUUAAAAAAAAAAUCUAAAUGACAUCCUGUGUGAAACAAGUGUUGGUUUAACAUGCAUAUAUAAGUCUAUUCUUUUAUUGUUUUUGCAAAAGUAUUAUCUAAAAAAAAUGUUGUUAGUUUUUUGAUUAAUGACAUGAACUAAGGUCUGUGACAGUGAGGUCGUGGGGGCAAACACUCCUGUCAUGUUUUCACUGGAUGAAGUUCCCAGAAUCCAAUAACGAGGUGCUACUUGAACUACAGUUAUUCACUGUAGGCACUUUGUUUUCAUCACAUUAUAAACAUGUACAAAUCCAGCCAUUGACAGUGUUAAGAUUUUUCAGUACAGAAUAGGACACGAUGAAGCACUUUUAAAACUUUAAAACACCCGGAUGUCACACAGACAGAAUUUGAAAAAAUAUCUCAAUAAAGCUCAUAAUGUUUUCUCCGAGCUUCCCUUUUAAAGGGCGGCACUUUCUGCAGAUCCCACAGAGAGUCAACACCAAACUGAACCUCAUUCAUAUUUUAGAUACUGUAAGCUAAUUGAAAGGGAUUGCCAACGCUAGCUUCACUUCAUCUAGCCUGCACUCCCAGUUUUUAGUUUUCUUACAUCUGUUUAUGUGAAUGGCUGAAAUGUGUUACUGAAGUAUUGACAACAAUUGGGCAACCACAACACAUUUUUUUUUUUUUCAUCAACUACUGUGCUCUUAAGAUUUUGUUUCUGCAUCUCUGUUAAAGACUUAUGAGAGCUGUUUUUUCUGGAAUUCUGAAAAAGAAUAAGUGUGACGGGGCCAAGUUGCUGCAAGUUCUGGUUGUAAUUUUCUUAUGGAAGAUAAAUCAGACAAAACCUUAAAUCUGGCUAAACUCAACUGUGAGGUUUCCCACUUAAAGCCAAAUUGUUUGUUACAAUAAUGUCCUACUAUUUUCCCUGGAAAAAAACAAAAAUGACAGAGAAUCGAAUCUUACCUGGUGGCACAUCCUUUGCCUUUGUUCAAUGGGGUUGUUUGCCAAGAUUUUAUUCAAGCAGUCGUGACUUUUUUUUUUCCUUUCAGUGGUUUUUAUAUCUCUCUUUGACACUUCUCAUUGGAUUCACACCUUACAAAAUGUACUGUACAGAGAAAUCAUGGACAAUUUAACCAAACUAUCUACUGAUCCAGUCGAGGUGAGCUCACAUCCUCACUGACCCUUCCUAACAUACACUUGAUGUUAAAGAUCACCUCUAUGGUUUCACCCCGAAGAACAGCAACCUUGUAUAGCUAAUCAAGUUUAUCAGUUAGUCAUGUACUUUAUCUAUGUGUGUGUGUGUGUAUGUAUGUAUGUAUGUAUGUAUGUAUGUGUGUAUGUAUGUGUGGGUUUGUAUUUUCUUGACAUUAUAAUAGACAUUGCACUUAUUCAAAGUUUGCCUAAGCUGGAGAAAUGGACUGUCCUUUGACUUGCAGUAGACGGGUGCUGUUGGAGAGAAACAAGGGGGAAAGUAUUUCCUGAGAAAGCAAGACUAUAAUAUCAAACAUCUGUACCAUGUCUGUACUGAGAUGGGCUUUUAGUUUCUCCUGGAACUUAAAACUCGAAAUACUAUAAGGACUCUGAGGCACCGAAGAGAGCAAACUGUAAAUAAGGACAUUGGAGACCUGGUUGAAAUGUACUGCCCAGAACGACAUGGACGUGUGCAGCUUACUCUUUGUGUUGCGGGACUGUGCUAAUAGCUGAUGCCUGUUUUUUUGCCAAGAGAUUUGAGUUGCGAGUCUCUUUGAGAAUCUCUUCUCUGGCUGUCUGUGAGUAAUGUUUUUGAAGAUGAUGUCGACGACAAUGAUGGUGAUUACGAUGAAGAUGAUGAUGAUGAUGAUGAAAGGCGACAAUGCGGGAGGGAAAAAAAAAGAAUAAAGCCUGAAUUUUGCACAGUUUUA